AAACGAGCUACGCUGCGUGCCCUGCAUUGCUUGCAAGGACACGAUGUUUCCUAUGGAACGCUGAAGAAAUCGGAUCAGCCACUUCUAAAAAGCCCACUCCAGACAUGUCUGGAGCUUGAACAGCAACUGAAACAGUUCCUGGACAAGUUCAGCGUUACAUACGUUGCUCCGAACUACAUCUUCAGAACAGCGUUGGCUUCAGCUCACCUGUAUCUUCUUGGCUGCCGGACGCUGGAUGGAGAAGGCUUCAGUGUAGACUUGGUGUCAUGGUGUCUUGAGUAUGAGAGCUUUGAUCUGCCGUGGAUCGUUGAUCGGAACCCCGAAGCAAUCGCUCAGUGGAAGGCUGCACAUUUCAGACUAGCUGCUGAGCUAGAUAGCAGCAAGAUUUACGUACCUGAGCUCCAUGAUGAAGCGUAUCUACAGUGUAGGACACUUCCAGCUUGUGCACCAGGCCCUAUGUUGGAUUUCAGCUACUUAAUGAUUCUGGAGCUCAAGAACCUGUACAACCAAAAGUAUAACGCCCUGCUUAAGUCUAAGAUAUCAUGCCAUCAGAUCUACGAUGCUGCUUACCAGCUGUAUCUAGAUCUUGAUCCAGCUAUUCAGGACAUAUACAACUGUGCUCAGUCCUUUCCCGGUGCAUCAGCCUUCAGUGAAGUAAAGCAUCAGGUGCAGCAGAUAGAGAAGGAAGUGGUCUCUGUUGGCACUAUGCUACAGACCCUACAUGCUAACCUCACUGCGCCCAUUGGCCUAAGAAGAUUCAGGAGCAGCCCAUCCAUCUAUGAGCAGGCAAACACAUCAAGUUGUCCCACGGCCUAUCUCAGAGCUAUUGUCACUGCUGUUGUUUACAGGCUGCAUAGAACACCGUCGUCUCUUACAAGUAAGAGAGCAGCAGAUGGAAGCUUCCAUACAGUUAUCUCGAGCACCCUUUUCAGCAAGAUAUACCGAUCUACCCAGGCAGUGACAUUAUUCGAGGCAGAAGCGGCUGCCAUCUAUCGAUACCUACGGUGCACGACAAACGAACUUGGCUAUACCAUACUUGACCGGAACUAUCCCACUCUUGCUAGAUUGCUCUAUGAGUUGAACAACUACAAUGAGUACAUGGUUGAAAUGCAGCUGUGUGCAGAGAAGUCUGUGGAAGCAGCACACAAAGCAAAUGAAGCCAUAGACCUUGUAGCCAGGGCGCCUUGUUAAGAUACAGUGGCGCUGAUAGAAGCAUCGGUUGGUGAGAUACUUGGAUUUAGUAGGUCCUACUGUAUAGGUCUGGACAAGGCACUACAGACUUUUCUACAGGACAAGGAAGGAUAUCAAUCCAUUAGGCUAAAGACGGUGUUUUGUUCAGCGGCAUCAGCGUCGCAGUAGUUUCUGCAUGCACGCGAUCCAGAUCAAGGAGAUCUAUUUUGUGGUCACCGAGAUGGAAUUGUUUUAGCCACCCAUGCUAAUAUGUCCCAAGCAAACUGCUUAAGUCUUUUGAUUUGUGAUCGAGAGACGAUUAUGAAUGUACGUAUAUAUAUAGCUUGAAUUGUGCUCAUUGUGUUAUGGACACCAACUUAUAAUAUAUUGUUAUGGUACCCUAAAAGGUUCUGGCUUGAACUGCAAGCAUAAAAAUCUGUUUACAACCUUUUGCUUUCAGAUUGGUCUAUAGAAAGCUGGUACAGUUAAACUUCUUUG